UCUCUACAAGCUGGUAUUUAUCUUCAUCAUAUUGAUUGGGAUAGGUGAACUAUGAUGUACUGUUAGACCAACGGAAGUAGAACAAACGUGGCCAUCUCUCUCUCUCGUUACCUGUAAAUCAUUUCUAGCAACCCUGCAGGUGAGAGAGGGCGGGACAGUCACUGGUUUAUAAGAAUAGACGAACGGACAUCACUGUAUCUCUGCCGCAGGACAUGCACAUUCGGACUUAUUAAAUCGAAAGUAACGGCACUGACCACUGGUCAAGAGGAGAUCUUUAUCCGUAUUAUGUGGUCACGCUGGGCCGUUCAGAAGAAAAUGGCCGAAGAAGACGUCCAGAAGUGUAUGGAAUGGUUGUUCAAGACCCAGAAUGAUAUGCAGACAAGUCCAUUUGGGUCCGGUCAAGCCGACGUGGCAUCUGCCAUGGCAAUGCAGAGAAAUAAGAACACGGAAGUACAUAACUACGGGAUGGGUCUGAACAAACUGUUCAGUAAACAUCAACUAGGCCAAAAAGAAACCAUGGACAUAUCUACUGCUUACGAAUCUGUGAAGGCUGUAUCGAAUAAGAGGUUGUCGUGUAUGGAGGUGCUUAGCGGAAUUUCUUCCCUGGAGGACCCAAUACAGAGUCUGUCCAAUGAGUUUUACAAAAGAGCUGUCCACUUGGUGAAUAUGAUGGAGAACAACAAGCAAAUGGACAAAAACAACCAGAGCAACGAAAAUCUCGCGAAGACUGCCCAGGGAUGUGUGAUGGCUGUCCGUAAAAACUGGCGCUGGAUCAACACAGUACUACAAUGCUCACAAGUCCACCUCCAUAACGCAGCGUCGUAUCAAGAGUUUUUCCACGAGGUUGAGGAAGUAGAAUACUGGAUGAACACGACGUUGUCAAGGAUACACCUGACGUUUGACCGCUCAAAACUCAAUGGUGACAAGGGAGACGUCAACUUUAUCCAGUCGGAAAUGAAGGAUGUCCUGCUGGCUUAUCUACAGUGGCAGGGCAAGGUGGAGAGCCUCUUUGACCGUGCCAAGUGCAUUGUGCCAGUCCCCCAACGGCUCCGAAAGUGUGAGGAUCAUCGCCCCGUCAUCGCCAUUGCUGGUUACAAAACAUCAGAGAUUGAGUUCCAGGAAGGAGAAAGUCUGACGUUAUUAGAUAACAGUGACAGAAACAAAUGGCUGGUGAAGAAUUCGAAGGAUCAGGAAUGUAUGGUGCCCUCCAUGUUACUGUGCAUCCCUGGACCUUGCGGUCCUGCAAUGGACACCGUUAUGAGGUUGAGAACACAACUGCUAGCGCUGUGGACAAUGAGCAUCAAACGCCUUGGUUACCAGAUGGUUGCCUUUAUGUUAAUGGUAUUCCGGGAUUGGUCAGAAGCAGAGAUCACAAGUCUGCAGGCAAUGAGUCCCAAGGACCGUAACGACCUGAUCCGUGUGAUGAACAACAUAGAGAAUACCCUUUACGACACAUGGAAAGGAUACGGAGACUUCAAGGAACUACAAGAACGUAUCGCAAGACUGCGCAUGAUCCUGGAGGAGGGGGACAAGAAUGGUACGGGCACUCCUCUGACUGCUGUGGUUCAAAUCAAAUCACUAGAAACUCUGCUCAACAAGUAUAAGGAUUUCUGGGCCUAUUGGGAGACAUUUAAAGUGAUAGUGGAGUUGGUUCAAGAGCCAAAACACUUGUUGGUCUGUGACAAGUGGGACCAGCUCCGAUUCGUGUCCACUGCACACUUUGUCAAGUUUUGGGACACAACUGUAGAUCUAAAUCUUUCUGACCUUUCGAGAAUGGACACAGCUGUUACCUUCCACGAGACGCCGAAGGAGCCUUUCCCUCCUCGUCCGAAGAAACCUGCGAAGGAGGAGAUGAUUUUGGAGGAAGUUCAAGAACAGUUUACACAGAACGUCCUGACGAUGGAAGAGGCGGGACCGCCAGCUUACCAGGAAGAGGAAGACGAAAUGUACGAAGAAUUUUACGAGGAGACUGUCACGGAGAGCGUAAUGUCGACAGUGGCAGAAGAGAGGCAGACGUUUAUGAUUACUUCUGUCAAGGACCCACGAACCACAGACGAAUACAUCAGCCCUCAGGAGGCAAUCAUGCUGGGCAUCAUCGAUCAGGCGAGCAACCAUUACGUUAACAUUGUCACCAAGGAAACCAUGACAAUGGGUGCUGCCAUCAAUAGGGGUAUUGUACAAAUAUCAUUCCAGUCCAGCGAGACAAUUCGUGAGGAGGACACGUCGUAUGGAGUAGUUACCAUAAAGACGAUGAAGGACACGCGCCCUUACAAGAUAAAUAAGGUGAUAGACCCAAGAACAGAGGAGGAGUUGACAAUAGCCCAGGCAAAGGACAAGGGCAUUAUAGAUGAGGUCAAGAUGACGUAUACCACAGAGGACGGAGACGAAAUCUCCAUCAGGGAUGCUAUACACAGCGGACUUGUGAUUGCUGACUUCGAAGAAGGGCAGAACGGAGAAACAGAAGAGGAAACACAGGUCAAGACGUAUGCGAUACACGGGGUAGUGGACCAGAAACAAAAGUGUAAAGUGUCGUUUACGACCGCCGUUAAUGACGGGUUACUGGACAGACAGGAUGGCCAGUACGUAAACAACGUCACAGGAGACAAAGUUCCUGUUCAAGAGGCCAUAAUGAGAGGCUUCAUCAAAGCGAGGCUCGUGAAAGACACUUCAAAACUCGACAUCGACCCUACAAAUAAUAUCGUCAUAGACAGACUCGAUAAAGCCAGAUCAAAAAUCCUUUCAGCUGUGAGAACUGCAAAUGCAUUCAAAGAAUUAACUACGGGUAAAAAGUAAAUACCAUUUAUUUUAUAUUGACAUGCGCCCAUGUAUGAUUGCACUAGUGACGCUUUACCAACAAUUAUAUAGAAUAAUAACAACUUGUAUCAACUGGUGAACAAGAAUACGCUUUGGUGUAUGGAUCUAACUUGAUUCUACAGGUUAACAAAACAUGUCAUCACUUGAGGAAGUAUAAUAUUGACAUCUGUCACAUUUAUGCUCAGCGGAUUGAAUCGGAUUCCUUAGGAUGCGAGCAAUAUUUUGAACUUAAACAUCAUUAUCAUUUUUCAUUUAAUCGUAAAUAUCAGAUGUCACUCAAAAAUUACACGCACGUUUAUGGUUCUAUUUUACUGAGAAAGGACAUUAUAGAACUAACAAAUGUUAAUUAUGACACUUGUACAAGCAUAUUCUGUACUUGAAUGCGUAUUUAGCUAUAUUACAUUUUAAGCAUAUAUCUUCCAUUGUUUUAUGCGAUUAUUUUUAAAUGUAUUACUUAACAAUGUUUGAUCAGUUU